CUCAGUGAAUUCUCAUCCUCGUCAUAAUGGAUGAUCUAAGUGGCUUGAAUUGGACGUCAAGCACGUCUAGCAAUGAUGCUCGCAAGCCACCCCCAAUGAGCUCGGCUUCUCUCUUCCAGAAUGUCCGUCGCAAUGAACUAUCUGGCCGAUCUACGCCGCUAUCUGCCUCCUCCGGCCCCUCCAAUCCUCCUUCGAAAUCGGCAACACCGGAUAAUAAAGACAGCUUUGCAAACCUUGUCUCCUUCAAUCCAGCUUCAGCGAACAAGAAUCUCUCACUUCUCGAACAACAGAAACAGCUGGAAGCGGAAAGGGCCCGAAAGGAGGCGGAGAAAAGAUCCCGGUUUGAAACUCAAUAUGGAGGACAGAACAAUCAGUUCUGGGACAGCCUCGAGCAUGGUGGAACGAAUAAGAACCCCGCGCCUAUCGCUGCUGCCAGCCAGUCGAGCGCAGCCUCUGCCGAUGGUGAUGAUGAUAUACUUGCCGCCUUCAAUGCAUCCGCGCCAGUAGAUGCAUCGACACACUUUCCGGUACCUAGUUCAAGCCCAGCACUGCGAGUCGGAGCUGGCUUGACUCAGAACACGUACAAUGGAGCAAGUGCACCGCUGAAUGGGGACAGUAUGGCGUUUCCGGAAGACGACGACGACCCAUUCGGUCUCAAUCAGUUAAAGUCAAAGCCUGCGCAAUCCCCGCAGCAACCCCAACCCGCCGUUGACGAUGAUGACUUUCUCGGCUUGUUGGGCAAGCCAGUGUCCGAGAUCACUCGGCCGGAGCCUCCUGCCAAACCACCUACACCCAUGAAGACGGAGAAUCGUGACUUAUCCCCAAGACCUACCAGCGGCAUUGACCAUGCGAUUGCAGAGCUUGUUGAUAUGGGAUUCCCCGCAGACAAGGCCAGCCAGGCUCUGCGUAUGACGUCAUCUGGUACAGAUGUCCAGGCGGCCGUCGGCUUGCUUCUCACUCAGGCGCAUGAGGAAUCUCGUCAGAAGUCCCGGAACAGGUCAGCUGGGGGCGACCGGUUGUCCGCUCAUCCUGAGAGAGGUCGAGACCGCAAUGAGGGUUCUAGCCGCGACGUGCCCUCGUGGGCGCAACAAAACCCAACUCGUAGCAACAACCGCUCGCCUAUGUCCGCGGAAAAGGACCCAUCGCAGCUUGCAGCUGCAUUUGGAAACAAUAUCUUGAAAACGGCUAACUCUCUGUGGAAGACUGGCAACAAGAAGCUACAGCAGGUGGUACAGGAGUUCAAUGUCGAUCAUGAUCCCAGUCAGCCUCGGUGGAUGAGGGAUGUAUCUGCUCAUGCUCAUGGAGAAACCACUAGUAAUCAUUCUCGAGUUGAUCGUCCGCGAGAUGAUCGUUCGCGAGCCCCGACGCAGCCUGAGGCUCGCUCCGAGAAGAUGACCGAUGAAGCGUUGUUGCUUGAGUCAGGUGGACCAGUUCGCUCGUCCCGCAAUCCUGCGCGGUCGAACGAUGGGCCCGCGCCUCGUACUGCCAGCAACACUGUCAGGCGACAGCAGUCUCCCCCGAGGGAACGGCCAAUGCAGCAGCCAGCUUUUAUGCGACAGGCCCCAAAUGCUGAGAUGAGGGAUCCUAGAUCGCGGUUGACAAAGUCCGCUGUAGAAGAGCAAUCGGCACAAGCUUACGUUAGUCCUGCGAGAAGGAAACGCCCUGUCGCCCAUUCCCCUGCUCCAGAACCCAAAGUCGACCUGUUCGACUCCUCUGCUCCCGCCCCAACACCAAAGCCGAAACCGUCACCCUCCCCCGCUCAACUCUCCAGAUCUUCCACACCAUCUAGGACCCUACCUACCCGACCCAAGGCUCCGCCAAGAUCGAUACCUCCUGUGUCCCCGCAAGCCCUUUCCACCACCCAUCGUCAACGUGAGAUUGCAGCGGAAGCUUACAAGCGGGGCGACUAUGGCGCUGCUCAUGAAGCCUUCUCCGCAGCUCUAACACCAUUACCGGACAAACAUCCCAUUACUAUUCUUAUCCGCAGCAAUCGCGCCAUGACGGCUCUGAAAGUCGGUGAGCCCAAGGUGGCGAUUGGAGACGCGGACACUAUGCUGGAGUUGAUUGGGCCUUUGAAGGGCGAAGGUGAGAGCAUCGACCUUUGUAAUGGUGAAGCUGCCAAGCCGAUGAAGGAUUUCUUCGGUAAGGCGUUGAUGCGCAAGGCCGAGGCGCUGGAGCAGCUAGAAAGAUGGGCAGAGGCAGCACAGACUUGGAAGCUCGCAGUCGAAAGUGGAUAUGGUGGCAGCACUAGUAUCCAAGGACGCAAUCGCUGCGAAAAGGCAGCCGGUAUCAGCAAGCCUGCAGCCAGGCCCGCAGCACCUGCACGACGCCCGCCUGCACCUGCACCAAAGAAGGCAUCCGCUCUGGAUGACUUGCAGGGUUCGUCUGGCGCCUCCUCAGAAGCUGUCACUCGCUUGCGAGAGGCCAAUCAGGCCGCGGAGCGCGCGGAUGAGGAAAAGUUCGCCUUAUCAGAGAGCGUUGAUGCGAGAUUGGCAGCAUGGAAGGGCGGAAAGCAAGACAAUCUUCGGGCAUUACUGGGCAGUCUUGACAGUGUGCUCUGGCCCGAAGCCGGCUGGAAGAAGGUCAACAUGUCCGAACUCAUCUUGCCCAACAAGGUUAAGAUCCAGUACAUGAAGGGCAUUGCCAAAGUGCAUCCAGACAAGAUUCCUACAAAUGCCACCACUGAGCAGCGGAUGAUCGCCGGUGCGGUCUUCGGUGCGCUCAAUGAUGCCUGGGACAAGUUCAAGAAAGAGAAUAACCUGUAGCCUGACCCUUGUUUCUGAGCGAGCCUUUGGUUUCCGUCGAGCAACUCCAGUUACCCCCUAUUUUCACCGUUUCCAUCUGCUCUUGUUUUUCUAGCCUCGGAUCCUUUUCAACCUCGCUGGGGCAAGCCACCUUCUCGUGCUUUCACACAGAUCGUAUCUCAAUGCUUUUUUCCCUGAUGCUGAUGACGUGCAAGAACGAGGCCAUGAAAUCCACAUUAGCCAUUUAUUUUGUACAUAGAUAGACUAGAUCGGCUUUCGCGUAUGCUGCGCGUCACAUUUUCGAUGCAAGAUGCAUUCCAUCCAGACCUGGUCUGGUCAAUCCCACCGAAGCCGAGCAGAUACUUU